GAAUUCCUAAGCACCGCCCCUCUCCUCUCUCUCCGCACCCAGAGCGCUGUUCUGCUGACUCAGUGCCUUACGGCGGUCCUCUUUCUCCACAUCGUUCAGUAGGACGCACGCAGCACCAGUCACGGCACCACCUGCAACCAUGGCCAAGACCGCAAUCGCUUACAAAGAGAAGAUGAAGGAGCUGUCCCUCGUCUCCCUCAUCUGCUCCUGCUUUUACCCAGAGGCCCACAAUAAGAUGAUGGCUGAGUUUGAAGACAUGAAGGUCAAGCCCAUUAAUAAGCGAGCCUCUGGACAGGCCUUCGAGGUGAUCCUGAAACCUCCUUCCCCAACGUCUGAUGGGUACAGCAUCACCACUCCCCCCAAGAAGAGGGACGUUUCUCUGGAAGACAUUCAGAAGAAGCUGGAGGCAGCCGAGGACCGAAGGAAAUCUCAGGAGGCCCAGGUGCUGAAGGCUCUGGCUGAGAAGCGUGAACAUGAGCGGGAUGUGCUGCUGAAAGCCAUGGAGGAGAACAGCAACUUUAGCAAGAUGGCAGAGGAGAAGCUCAUCAUGAAGAUGGACCACAAUAAGAAGAACCGUAAGGCUCUUCUCAUGGCCAUGCUCGAGCGCCUACAGGAGAAGGAGAGGCAUGCCCAGGGGGUGCGCAGGAACAAAGAGCUGCGGGAAGAGCUGACAGCAUGAGCAUCUCUUCACCUUUACUGUACCCUCUCAAACCCUCUAUCCCGACCCCAUCCGCCUGACUCCCCGCCCGUAUGUAGAGAAAGAGUCUCGGACACCCCUAGCUACCCCCUCCCCGCCACACCCACCCACCGUGAGGGAGAAGGGCUGACCAAACCCCUCACCAACACCCCCCACCCCCCCUCCCAAAAAAAAAGAGAAAAACAGAAGUAUCUUGCAUCCCACUGCUCCCUAAACAAGAAUGUUUUUGCUUGAAAUUUGAAACGAAACCAGUGAAAGUGGGUAUUGUUUUUUUUGUAAAUACUUCCUUUUUUGUUAUAUAUGAGACUACAGAAGUAUUGCAGUGAGCCAUUUUAUAGUUUUCUCUCUUUCUCUCUCUCUCUCUCUCUGUAUUGAUGGAUGUAAUUAAUUUCUUCUCUCUUUGUCUCUCGAAUCUGCUGCAGUUUCUCUCGUACCAGGCUUUGGUGUUUGUGAGUUUGCCAGCUAUCUGCUGUUUCGCAGUUUCACCUCUUUCAACCCCAAUGGCCAUGUUCGUAUCUGUGUCCGUGUGGAGCGCAUAACAAGUCACAGCACACAAACACACAAACUUCUGACUCUUGUGAGAGGUAGAUCACACAGGAGCUUCAAUAUGAGCCAGCUCUCGCUGUCUGUCUAUCUAUCUCUCUCUGGUCUUUAUCUCUUUUCAUACAAACACAUGCACUGUUCAUUGAUGGACAUGCACACACCCCUUAUUCGUGCGUACACACCAGAAGCACACCCUUGGUUUAGCAAAGAUGACAUAUUGCUCAGGAGGAGCUUGCUAAAUCUUUGGUUUCAGCUUUGCCUUUGUCAUAUGACAUCUGUGCCUCAUGGUCACUUUUGUGCCCAUAUACUGUAAAUCCUGCUCUGUGUCUUUUUCUGUUUCAUAGAACAGAAUACAAAGGACUGGAAUGAACAGCAGAAUGUUCCUUUAUGGUGGCAGUUUUCCACCACACAAUAUGGUACAGUGUGGCACAACUGCAUGUCUGAACCCAGAAAUAUUCAUACCCGGGUCGGCUACCAUCGUUUAACAUGAAAGUAGGUGGAGUUCUCCUGUGUGAUCACAUGAUUUAACAAUUCUGUGAUGGUUGCGUUUGAGCAAUCAUUGUUCUGCACCAUUUCUAGCUCCACCCAUGCGUUCCAACAUGGCACGCUUAGUACCCUGGCAAGACAGAUACUUGGCAAUGAUGUAAAUGGUGGCAAAAGGCACGACCACAGAUUUGUAAUCGUGCCAUUCUGCCUUACUGCCUGGUGGAAAAAGAGAAAAACAAAUGGAGACCCUUUACACAGCACGACAGGGACUGUCAAAAGCAGCAGAGGGAAAAAUACGCAAGUAACUUACAGACCACACAAUAGGGGCGCAAUAAAAAACAGAAAACAAAGUGACUGCACCUUUUCCUCCAUACGUAGGUGUGUGUGUGGCUGUGUAUAAGUGUGUGUGUGUGUGUCCAACGUGAUGAGAGGGUGUCAUUGCUCUUGGUGCAGGUGGAGACCCAGUAUCACACACCCUCCUGCAUCUUCCUCUUCUCCUGUUUGUGUGCUUUCUUCCCUUAACACAUUUAUCUUUGUGAGCAAGCUGUGGUGAAUAAAGGUUUGGGGUUCUGUGAAUGAGAA